AUGGGAAAAACUACGACGGUCGUCCAGUCUCGCACAAACCCGGCCAUGGACACCAUCUCAUUUCCUGUCUUGACCUAUUCCGAUGCAGCGCCGCGUGAUGACCUUCGCGAUAUUGACAAGACUACUUCCCAACGGCUACCCAAGCAGGGCGUUGUUGCACAGUGGGAUUUCCCUCGACCCCAAACAGCAGACACUAGAACGAACAGAAAGGCACCGCCGGGUGUUGGGGCCACUUUCGACUUUAGGUUGACUGCCCCGCCGGACGAAGCAGUUCCCUCCGGCGCUCCCUCGGGCGGGAGUCCACUCGGUUCACAAACGAUAGGCAUCGCACUAGGAAGCCCGGACAUGUUUGAUUCCAAAGCUUUGCCCCCUCCGAGAUUCAAUACUUCAAUAUUUGCGCAGACACAGACCGGACAGCCAACACCGCCGCAGAAAUCAAGCAAGUGGAAAAAGAUUGGAGGGUUUUUUAGGGCUAAGAAUGCACUUGCAUCACCGACUCAAAGUGCUCAUCCGGGCCCAUCAAAACAGCUGGGACAAAAGGAAAUCCCAUCGGCAAAACAGCAGCAAAUGAAAAAGCGGAAGGGCUCCAAUGAGGAACGGCCACGGAUUGGAGGCGACCCGAAAACGAAAGCCGACAGCAACAACUCGAGUUCGCAGCGAAGCCGCAAUUUUUCGCUGUCAAAGAGAAUACCCACCAAAGAAAAUUUGGAGAAUCAAAGUCUACGGCUGGAACUUGAUAUUCCGGAUAUCCAAAUGGAGCGAUACAGCGUGAUGUUCAGCAAUGUGAUGAACAAGAACCAGAGGCCCAAUCUGCUGGCCAGGCGAGCAAAGACUCUGGAUAGCCUCAGUGUACCCAGCAACCAACUAUUCUUUGCUGCCACUGCCAAGCCGCCGCCGGUUCUCAUCCGACGAGCCACCUCCCCAGCACGAUCAAGUUUCACAUUGUUCCCAACUUCUCAGCCUUCAAAAGCUGCGCAGAUUCCGGGAACACAGAACUUCUCUCGAGGGCCUAGUCCUCUUCUCCGAUCAAACACUGUCCCUGUGGAAAGCCCAUCUAGGUCGCCUCUGGAGCCAACGCUCCGAGCAAUCCCUAAUAAUAAUGGCGUUUCGUCUCUCGAGUCGCCCAUCACGAAACAAAUUUUCAAUGAGUCUUCCAAUACUCCUCAAUCAUCUAAUUCGUACAUUCGCUGGGAGGACAAGCCCCUCCCACCUAUCAACCCCCACCCUAGAUCGCGAAAAAUGUCUCCGCAAGACAUUCGAGCAGUGCAAAGUUCUUUUCAGCAGCAACAAAAAGCAUUGCAGACAAACAAAAAUUCAACUUUAAAGGAAAGGUCUGAUCGGGAGCGACGGAACCUGACCGUCAAGACUGGACGAAAGCCACCGUUGCCGCCCCCGAAAGACGCAAAGGAUAAAUCCCCGUCCAAAUCAUCGCUGAACAGCACUGCUCCCCCGUCCAAAUUUACAGCGGAGCUAGUCAACAUCACAGCGUCCCCAAAAGAGGUGUCCUCAGACCCCAAACCGGACCUACCAAACCCACCGCGGGCAGAACCCAUCCGAAUUCCGCCCGUGGCUGAGCCCGAGCAACUCGACACAAAGGAGACCAACGUGGCGAUCCCAACAAUUGAAGUCUCCACAGCACGAUCUAUCUCAUUGAAGAGUGGCAAGCGACAGGUGCUCGUUCCCGUCGGGUCUCGGGUAGACCAUUUCAACGCGAACGAGAGGCUCGUCGACCGAAAGGCUUUACUGCCGCGCAUUACCGAUGUGCAAUAUGGACAUAAGCAUGCUGUCUCACAGGAAUUGCAGAUCGAGUCUUUGUGA